UUGGUCGUGGCUUGCGCUUGAAAAUUACCAUUAUGGACAGAACAACCAUAUUUUCACUAAACUAUUAUUGUUUGUUCUUGAUAUUUGAAAAUAUAAAAACUAACUGCGAGACUGAAAGAAACUUAAAAAGAGAAAAUAUCAUUGAUAUGUAUCGGGAUCUUAUCAAUUUCGUAAUCAGCUGUGUUGAGUUCCAAAUAGCUUUUCGAAAUUGGAACAAGAAACUUUUUGACGAUCUUAUCGGUUAUUAUGUUGAGCUAAAAAUAGCUUUUCGAAAUGCGAACAAGAAACUUUUUGACGAUCUUAUCGAUUAUUUUCAAUUAAGAGUCGCCGAUGAUGUAUCAGUCCAUUUUUCGGCAAUAUAUAACUCAUUGCAAAACGUUUCAAAAAAGGACAAGGAUCACUUUUGGAAUUACUUCACAACCGCGAUUAAGGAAAACGUAAACAUGCAAUCACUCGAAUUGUAUUAUAAAUCGACAGAAUACCAUCCCGAACAUUUGGAUAGGUUACAGGCAAUCAUGCAUUCCCUUAAAAAUAAGACUUUGCACAAACUCGAUGUAGAUUUUGGUGAGUUGUUCUAUAAAAAGGUUAUGAUUUAUGUUAAUCUAAGCACUUGGAGUUUUCAGGCUCUGAUUAUAGCUUCGAAAAUUUUGGUACAUUCGGUCACUUGAGAAGUCUCAAAGUUAAUGCGCGCAUGUGUGCCUAUGAUUUGGUACAGUUGUGUCGAUCAAAUCCGAAUUUAUGUGAUAUCACUUUCUACAGUACCGAAUUAUAUGGAAGGUUUUCGGAUAUCGUGCCAUACUGCAGUCAGCUAAAAUGCCUGGAGUUAUUGAUGAAACCCGACGUCGAUGCUACAGAGUAUGCCACGUUGGCAAAUUUACCCCAACUUGAAGAAUUGUGGCUUGGUGGGAUACAUCAAGAAGGCACGCUGACUGAGUUGUUUAAUGGCCUCAAACUAAAGGGCGUAAAAAAACUAUGUAUACCUAAAAGUAUGCUCAGUAAACAAGAAACUCAGGCUCUAGCACAGAUAAGGUCGAUAAUCGCCAUUUGGAGCGCAUUUAGUGAUGACAACAUUAUUUGGAAUUUAGCUCAUAUUCCAAAUCUCGAAUCCAUUACAGUUUUUACUAGACCUGAGCAAUACAACAUAAUGGUUCAAUUUAAAAAUGUGCUAAAGAAAGUAGUAGUUAUCUUAAUUACUCCAUUCAUGACAUUGUAUUUGAUAUCCCCUGGCCCUAAGCCAGGGAAUCUUUUCCUGAAUCUUGAAAUCCGUCGAUUUUUCUAUGGUGAAGAACAUAAUGACGAAAUUUCUAGUGACAUCCUCAAUUUUAUAACUCCUCUUUCUCAACGAAUAGAAGUCAAUGAAUUGCAUACAAUGGGUUUUAGUGGCUUUCUGCAAGCUCUGCUUCAGAGUUUAGCGAACCAGAAACUAAGAAAUGUAUACAUACGUGAAAAAAUAAGCAUGGAAGAAGCUGAUUCACUCGUUUCCAUUCCGUCUUUAAAUAAUAUAAUUUGUUACCAUAAUUUGGAGGAGAUAAUUCUAAUGAAAUGUAAACAACUAGAUGGAAUUAAGAACACAGAAACCCGAGUGUAUCGAUUUAGAAAUCCAGAGUGGUGGGCUCGUAUAAUCCAUGGCAAUUUUUUAACACUUAUUGUGGACUUUUCAGAGUGCUCUUUCCGUUUUUUCUGUCCUCUAGCAAAUUUUAAAAACUUAAAAAAACUAGUUAUAAAGGGUUAUUAUAUGUGUGAUUCCUUAACACUACUAUUCAAAAGAUUUGAAGAAAAUCGAAACCUAGAGGACUUGGAAAUGGAUAUAAUUGAUACCACAGCUCUUCAUGGGUUGGCACAAAUCAGCAGCAUAAAAGUGCUUAAGUGUGGUUUUUUUUGUUCCCGUGCUUAUCGAACUCUGGCUAAUUUAAAUCAACUAGAGUCGCUAACUAUAUCUUUACAACCAAAUGGAUCUCUAAAAAGACUUUUUAACCUUCUUGCUGACGAAGAACAAUAUCGAAAUUUACAGGCAGAUAUUUCCAUUGAUGAAGCUACCGCAAACAAUUUGAAAACCUUGCAAACGAUAUCUAGAUACUGGUAUAGGCCAAGUCAUCAAUGUGAAGAUAUUUUACAAAAUCUCACCGAUUUGCGUCUUCAUGGAAUCUCCAUGUGGGGUCUUCUCAAGGAACUAAAAGUUUUAUCCAGUCUUCAAAGCUUGUUUUUGGAUAACUCACAUUUGGAUUUUUUAGAUAUUGUUGAGUUGACUAAAAUAAGUUGGCUGAAACAUUUAAGACUCGGCCUUACCGAUAAAAAAUGCAUCUUAAUGCUGAUCCAAUUAAAAAAUCUGGAAGUCUUGGAAAUCACAUCGACUCAUCACGCAGCGGAAGAUGAAAGCAACUUUAUUCUUCCAUUUCUCGAAUCUUGCCAAAAUCUUAGAUCUAUAACUCUUCAUCGAUACUAUGACUUCUUAAGUAAGGAUUAUCUUAACGGAAUCUUAACAGUUAUAAAGCUCCUUAAAGACCCUGAGACUAAUCCGCCAUUUGAAUUAGUUGGAAUGUGGUGUGAUUUCGAAAAUCUAAAUCAGCUACACGGAUAUGAUGACGCUUUCCUACUGCUGAGACGCAUUAAACAAGAAGAAUUUGAGUCUGAUGAAGAUGACAUCGUGUUAAAUGACGACUUUUGGGAAAAGUUCGAAAUGGACCUAAUCAAUUACAAUGACAAUAGUUCGUACUCCGAUGAAGAAAACAAUUAAAUUAAUCUGACAAAUUUUAAUUUAAACGCUUUGAUUAAUUAUUAUGGACUCGGUCACUUUUUUUUAUGUCCAAACAUUUCGAAAGUUAGUAAUCAACACUGCUAAAAGUGCCCCAUCAUUACAAACAGAAAUAUAUAUAUGUAAUUGUAUAUAUAAUAUUUGCUUGCCCAAAUCUUUGUUCCCCUUUCCGAAUAUAAAGCUUUUGCCUGCGUUGCUCGCUAUCUUUAUUUAUAAGCUUUUAAUUUGCUGCUUUUGUUCGCAGCAAUCUUAGUAUGUUGUAUUCCGGUCGGCAAAAAAGAACUGCAACGCGGCUUUGACUAAACUUAUAGAUUCAUCUGUAGAACGCCCCAAACAUGGGUGAUAAGAAAGCUUAUAACGAAAUUAUUCAUAAAUAGGUAGAUAACUGUGGAUUUAAGUUAAAAUUGAAUCUAAUACAUUCCUUUGAAAAAUUUUGUUUGUAAUAUUUAAAUAUUAUGGAAUUACGAUUUUAAUUAAAUUAAAAUCGGACACCAAUAGCUUCAUUGCUUUCAGUAAUAUAGGCAUUGAAAUCGAAAUGUUGUCCAUUUGUAAUAACCGCAAGGGUAUAAAAACUUCGGCUUGCCGAAGUUUGCCUUCUUUCUUGUUCAUUAUAAUAUAAAGGAAAAUAUUGUUUAUAUAUUUAAUGUGCAUACUUAAGCAGAAAUAACUGUCAUAUAUUAACUGCACUGACGUCUAAUAAAGAAUUAUAUUAUUAUUUA